AUGGUCAAAUCAUCGGUCCUCAACGAUGCGCUCAACAGCAUCUACAACGCCGAGAAGACCGGCAAGCGUCAAGUCUUGAUCCGCCCGAGCUCCAAGGUCAUCGUCAAGUUCUUGCAGGUCAUGCAGAAGCACGGCUACAUCGGCGAGUUCGAGGAGGUCGACGACCACCGCAACGGCAAGAUCGUCAUCCAGCUGAACGGCCGUCUCAACAAGUGUGGUGUCAUCAGCCCGCGCUUCAACGUCCAGCUGAAGGAUAUGGAGAAGUGGAUCGUCAACCUCCUGCCUUCGCGUCAGUUCGGCUACAUCGUCCUCACCACUUCCGCCGGCAUCAUGGACCACGAGGAGGCGAGGAGGAAGCACGUCGCGGGCAAGAUCAUCGGCUUCUUCUACUAG